AUGAAAAAACGUAGCCAUUUCUAUCUAUCUAUCUAUCUAUCUAUCUAUCUAUCUAUCUAUCUAUCUAUCUGUGUGUGUGUGUGGAAAACAUUUUGGCAAUUCUUUCUCGUCUCCAAGAAUUUUCGGUCGCAUUUCUUCACAAACCAUUUGCAUUUCUUCACAAUCUGUUUGGAUUUCUUCACACCUAUUUGCACUUCUUCACAAUCUGUUUGGAUUUCUUCACAGUCUGUUGCAUUCCUUCACAAUCUGCUUGAAUUUCUUCAUAAUCUUCUUGUAUUUCUUCACAGCCUAUUUGCACUUCUUCACAAUCUGUUUGGAUUUCUUCACAGUCUGUUGCAUUCCUUCACAAUCUGCUUGAAUUUCUUCAUAAUCUUCUUGUAUUUCUUCACAGCCUAUUUUGCUUCUUCACAAUCUGUUUGGAUUUCUUCACAGUCUUUGCAUUCCUUCACAAUCUGCUUGAAUUUCUUCAUAAUCUUCUUGUAUUUCUUCACAAUUUGCACUUCUUCACAAUCUGUUUGGUUCUUCACAGUCUGUUGCAUUCCUUCAAAUCUGUUUGAAUUUCUUCAUUAUCUUCUUGUAUUUCUUCACAGCCUAUUUGCACUUCUUCAUAAUCUGCUUGUAUGUCCUCUCAAUCUUUGUGCAUUCUUUCACAAUCCGUUUGAAUUUCUUCAGAAUUUUCUUGAAUUUCUCCACAAUCUACUUGCAUUUCUUUACAAUCUGCCUGCAUUUCGUCACAAUCUGCCUGAAUUUCUUCACAAUCUGCAUUUCGUCACAAUCUGGUUGGAUUUCUUCACAAUCUGUUUGCAUUUCUUCAAAAUCUGCUUUGAUUUCUUCAUAAUCUUUUUGCAUUUCCUCUCAAUCUGCUUGCAUUUCUUUACAAUCCGUUUUCAUUUCUUCCCGAUCUGUUUGCAUUUCUUCACAAACCCUUUGCAUUUCUUCACAAUAUGUUUGCAUUUCUUCAACAUCUGCUUGCAUUUCUUCACAAUCAGUUUGCAUCUCUUCGCAAUCUGCUUGCAUUUCCUCACAAUCCAUUUAUAUUUCUUCACAAUCUGCUUUUAUUUCUUAAAUCUGCUUUUACAUUUUCUUUCAUUCUGCUUCCAUUUCUUCACAAUCCGCUUGCAAGUUUCUUUUGUCAUUCGAAUUUUCUCAAUUCAAAUCUUCUUGCCCGUUGCGUCCACCCUUCUUCAACAACAGUCAUCUCCUCUCUCCUCUAUUCUCGUUUUCCUCUUGUUUUUUUUUCUAUUCGUCCGUCUUUUUUUUUUCAUUCUUUCUUUUCUUCUUUUCAUUAUGUGUUCCUCUCCUUUCUUACCUUUCUUUUCUUCGUUCUCUUUCUCACUUUGUUCGAUUCAUUUAAUGCGACUCUUUCUCAUUUCCUUUCUUUUCUUUCUUUCUUUUACUUUCUUUUUUCGUUAUCUCCGCUGUCCUUUUUUUUAUAAAACUUUCUUCCUUUUUCUUUCUUUCUUCUUUUCUUUUUCUGUCUUGUUCUUUCUUUGUUCAUUAUCUUCGUUUUCUUCUCUUUUUCAGAAAUCUUUCUUUUCCUUUCUUUCCUUUUCUUUCUUUAUCUUUCUUUUUCCUUUCAUUAUCUUAGUAUUCUUCUUUUUAAAAAUCUUUCUUCCUUUUUCUUUCUUUUUUCUUUCUUUUUCUGUCAAAUCUUUCUUUUUCUUUCUUUCUUACUUUUUCUUUCUUUCUUUCUUUCUUUCUUUCUUUGUCUUCUUUUUAGAAAUCUUUCUGUCUUUUCUUUCUUCAACGAUCGUUUUAUUUCCAGUUUUCUUCCCCACUUUAUAUUUUUUCUGUUCUCUUUCUUUCGUCCUUAAACUAUUUCUUCUUUAUUAUCUUCUAUUUUCUUAUUUAUUCAUUCUCUUUGAUUUCUCUUUCAUUCAUUUUUUUUCCUAUUCGCUUUCCAGUUCGGAAUUAUUUUUCAUUCUUUUCUUCAUUUUCUUUGUUUAUUGCUUUUUCCCAGGUAAUUUCUUUCUUUUCCUUUUUUUGAUUCAAAUAUAUUUCCACAAACUCCUUUUAUUUUCCUUCCUUGUCUUUCGUCAUUUCUUUUUCUUGUUUUGUUGCAAUCAUUUUUUCUUUUUACCAAGAUUCUCAAAAUACCGAUUAUUUAUCCCUCCCCCUACACAAAAAACAGAAGAAUACACAUUAAAAUAUCCAAUUCAACCUUGUUACCCACCUCCCAGCCAUUAA